UACAGCAACAAGUUAUCUCCACGCGUCUUGUGAACCGGUCGACCGAUCAGUUCAUCUGUAACCGUUCGCCGAUUGUGACUCGUUUGGAUUUGGCGUCUUAAUCUUCGCGUUGUGAAAUAAACACAAGAUCAUCUCAAACAACAUCAAAAUGGCAAAACUUAUGGUAGUUGCCCUGGCCCUUGCGCUGUGCGUCGUGCUUGUGAGUGCUUCUGGCGAUGAGUGUCCACUCGCGUCCAAAGUUGGCUCCUGCUCACCGACCUGCCUGACCGAUCGGGACUGUGCCGACAUCGGUGGCAAGUGCUGCUCCAACGCCUGCAAUCGCAAAUCCUGCGUCGAGCGAAGCAAACUGAAGCAGGGCAGCAACAAGUUUGACGAGAUUGACCGUUUAGGGGCAGAUUACUAAAAAUAUCACACUGUCUAUUGGUAUUUGGAAUUAUGUUUUCUUCUCUACUUUACACACUCGUUCUAUUGUGUUUUUCAAUAUAUCUAAAGAUUGGCACUUCAGUUCAGGGCUGCUCAUUAAUCACGGUCCUCUCCGUUAUGGUUAUCUUGCAUGUUUUUUUUAUUGCUAUUCCACCGGCUUUAUUGUUGCUGCGUCGGCUCCAGAUGGUUCCAACUCCGGUUCGGGCUCGUACUGUGGCAGCACCAAGUGCAACUCGUUCGAGAAGUGUGGCGUCGAUCCAUCCUCCAAGAAGCCGAAGUGUGUCCGUGCGUAAUGGAAGCGAGAAGCUCGGGGUCGGGAGUGAAAUGAUUAGCUUAUAACAAAAAAAAUUGUUCUUAAAUAAACUAUUAAAUUUUGAAGGCAUUUA